CUUAUGGACUUUUACUGCUUGAAUUCAUUGGAGGAUAUUGUGCUCCGCCUUUGUCAAGAAGACGAAUUAAAACAUGGUCCCGCAAGACGAAAAGCUCUAAAUUUAUUAACAGUAUAAUGUUCAAUCCUCUGGAAAAGGAUGCCAAUUUUUCUGAAGUCAAGCUCACAGGGAUUCGUCAAAUUUUAUUCGACGACCAUUAUCCAAUUAGCAACGCCCCACAAGUGACACAAAACCGCAGAGCCAGUAACAUAAAAUGGAAGCGAUUAAGCGUGGGGGCGAAUCCCUACCACCUUCCAAAGUCGAAACAAGUGUUCAGCAAGUAUUUAAACAUUGUGGCAGCUCUGACCAAAAAGAAUUUCGUUGUACAAAUACGUCAUCCAAUGACCGUUUUCGCUCAGCUUGUUCUUCCGAUAUUUCAACUUGCUUUAUACAAUUUAGUCAUGGGGAGGGAACCGUAUGGACUAAAUAUUGCCUAUGUCAGUCACGAUUGGAACAACCAGAACAAUAAGACUGGAAUUAAUACUUCCUUGGUUGAUUUUUGCUCCGACACGUAUAAUUCAAAAUCUAUUAAUGGGAGCAAACUGGCAUGCCUCGGAAAUGAGAUGACUGCAAUUUGCACUUUUCUUAACCAGUUUGAAAAACAUGAGAUCACAUGGAUAUCAACUGCAUCGAUCUCAGAAUCUCUCGACCUUAUCCACAAGGGUGACGCUAUUGGCUACUUAGAAUUUCCUGAAAACUUCACGCAUCAUUUUCGGAAUCGAGCAGUGCAUCGCAACUUUGCAGACAAUGAGACGAUUGACGGUUCCUCUUUGAGAAUGAGGAUGGACUUAUCAGAUGCAAUAAGCACUGGCUGGUUGAUGAAUAAAAUAUUCAACCGAUACUUGAAUUUUAUGAAGGAGACUGUGAUAAGUUGUGGCGAAGAUUUUAGAUUGACAGAUUUGCCAAUCAAGUACAACUCGGUAUUUGGAGAAUCGGACGAACAAACUUGGAUAGAAUUUAUGCAACCAGGCGUUAUACUAGCGUUCAUGUUUACCAUUGCAAGCUUGCACGGGAUUCUGUGGGUGGGCGAGAAACGCUUAGGAAUUGCAGAUCGUGGAAGAGCUGCAGGAAUUACGUUUAGCCACAUAAUUUGUGCCAGCAUCCUUUCCAACACGGUCGUAAUUGUUGGUCAGAUUUGUAUCAUUGUUGCCAUUUGCGUAAAAUUUUACGGUUUGACGAUGGGAGGAUCUUGGGCGCUGGCAGUGAUUCUCAUGUUCAUCGUGUCCUUGGCCGGUCAAUCUUUAGGCUACUUUUGGGCAAGUUUUUGCAACAAUGAGAUGGACAUUGUUAUGAUUCAACUCUUUUAUUUGACCACACUCAUGACCUCGUCAGGCGUAAUGUGGCCUUUGGAGUCAGUGGUGAAAUUGUGGCGUACCCUGUGCUUGAUGAUCCCCGUCUCAAUCCCCAUCAUGGCGUUGCGAGCAAUUAUAUUUCGAGGAUGGGGUCUGGAUCAUCCAGAAGUUCUUCAAGGGUUCGCUGUUGCAAUUUGCUGGAUUUUGGUCACGCUUGGAGUAAGCACAUAUGUCAAUAGACGCAAGAAAUAACAUGCAGAGAUAACUAUAUGUACACACAUAUGUACAAGCAAAGGUACAUAAAUAAAUUUAUAUAGAUAUCUUGGCGUUAAUUUGUUUAAUUUAAUUGGAUAUAUUCAUGUGAUAAGAAUUAGAUAUUAUUUUUACGAAUAAAUGAAGAAACUCAUGCGAUUUCACAUUGUCAAUGCAGACUUUGCUAAGAAAUAUUGUGUUCACAUCUGUAGCAAUAUUUUCAUGAACUUUUUCUUACCAAGUAAUUAAUAAAUAUGUAUGUGUGCACCCGAAGAUAUAAAUCUGCAAUUACAAAUUGAUUUACAGAAAAACUCAAGCGAGUCUUUAUCAGAACAAUGUAUCCAAUAUUAUUUCCCGUAAUAACGAUCAUAGAGUACAUAAUUUAUCCUUGUUCCUUACAAGAAACAUUAAAAAUUCUUCUGAUGUGAGGAAGGAAGGGCGUGUCUAAUGUAGAAAUAUUAGAGCAGUAGAUUAUUUAUCUUUAUUAAAUGCAUAAGCCGUCUUGGGUUGUACUUAACUUAAAUUUACAUAUGAACAAAUCAUGUAAUAUUUAUGUAGACACGUUUUCCUUGCUCAAUGGACAUUGACAUUGAAUUAAAAAACAACUCCGGCAAAAUUAUACUUAUUUAAUAUUUGUAUCCGUCCGUAGGUAAUCCUUAUGAAACAAAGAUUUCAUGAAUAAAUAUAGGAUUUACAUAUUUAAUGGGUAUAAGCAAUCCUAUAAUAGUCUACGUAUUUGCAUAUGACUUACAUUGUUCUAAAUUAUUAUUAGUUUGAAUUAUAACAUUAUGUAUGUGCAUGUGUGGUAUCGAAGAAGCCUUCUCACAAGUCAAAUGUCCCCCCAGUGAUUUGGGUGUUUGAUUUGCUUAUUCUCAAGCAAACUCUAGAAUUCUUGAUUAUUUUGCUUCUCAUCGUAAAAUUUAUCCACAUUUUCUCAAACCAUGACCACGUCCAAUCUACAUGUAUAUUUUUUAGUACGAAACAACCCAACAGCAUAUUGUAUAGUAGAUAUUUAAUUGUCUAGAUAUGAAUUCCUUCCAUUCGUAUUUGUCUUCCUACUUUCUUACUCUAUAUGUAGUGUGUAGUCUCAAACCUUUGUGAUGCAUAUGUAAAUAUCCUUGUACUCAGGAGGUCGAUAGCUUGUCCUUCAUGUUGUCUGCCUGGAAUUUGUU